AUGAAGUCUGUCACUACCGCCGCCAUGUUCAUCUCUCUCGCCGCUGGCGCAAUGAGCCAGAACCUGAUGAUCAACACUCUUCAGGACCCCGUCCAGUGUCAACCUGCAAUGUUCACCUGGUCUGGGGGAGAGCCUCCCUACUACCUCUCACUUGUCCCUGCGGCGCAGACGAGUGCGCCAGCUAUCAAGAUGUUCCCCACUAUGAAUGGCACGAGCUACACAUGGAUCGUCGACCUCGCGUCUGGCACGUCCUUCACGACCGUGUUGAAGGACAUGAGCGGUGCCACGGCGUACUCCGAUGUAGAGACAGUUCAACCCGGCACCAGCAGCAGUUGCGUCAACACUACCGUCACCGAGACUGGUACUUCCUCUAGCACUGCUACCCCGACCUCUAACAAUUCGUCCAUGGGUCACUCGAAUUCUAUGACCGUCGCAGCUGCCGCUUCCCCGACCUCUAGCUCUUCCGGAGGCCAUAGCACCAGCUCGAUGAGCAGCACCCCUACUCCCUCUUCUUCCAAGAGCUCUGGUGCCGCUGAUCUCGCGUCCCCCGCGGGCGCAGUCGGUAUCGCUGCUGCGAUGGGUCUGCUCGGUGCCGUCUUCCUGUAA